UGCACCUGCAGCGGCUCAGGAUGGCGUUUCACCGCAGCCAGAAGCUGAACCUGCUGCGUCUUGCGGUCCUCCUGACGGUGGCACUGGCCGGCAUCAAGUUCUUCUUCCGAGACAGCUUCACGCUGGACCAGCGCAGGGAAGUUGGGGGGGAAAGCCACUUUUGGGGCAACGCCCAGGACGUGAAACAGCCAGCCAACACUCAGCCCCGAUCGUCGGGGCACCUGGAACGCCAGGUAGCAGCUGGAGCGGCUGGUCUGGAGCCGAAGAAACUGCCCCAUCGGGACUUCAGCUCCACGCAGAUGCGGUUGGUCCAUCUGGACCUCAAAGGGGCAGCUCCCAAAGUAUCCUACCUGGAGCAGAUCUUCCCGCUCUUCUCCAAGAUGGGGGCCAACGGGGUCCUGAUCGAGUACGAAGACAUGUUUCCCUUCAAGGGAGAACUGGAGAUCCUCAGGUCCCCUUAUGCUUACAGCGAAGAAGACAUUGCGAAGAUCCAGGAGCUGGCAGGCCUCAAUAAACUGGAAAUAAUCCCCUUAGUGCAGACAUUCGGGCACGUGGAGUUCAUCUUGAAGCAUGACAAGUACCGGCAUCUGCGUGAGGUGGAGCGUUUCCCCAACAGCUUCAACCCCCACCUGCCAGAGACCCAGGCCCUCCUGAAGGCUCUGCUCACCCAGGUCCUCAGCAAGCACCCCCACUCCAGUUGGGUACACAUCGGGGCCGAUGAGGUCUUCCACUUAGGCGAAGGGGCGGAUUCAAAGAACUGGAUGAGCCGCAACGGGGGCGACACGGGCAAGAUGUACCUGAACCACAUCCGGGAGGUGGUGCACUUUAUCGCCAGCCAGCCGUGGGGGCUGCGGGUGCUGCUCUGGGACGACAUGCUGCGGAAGGUUGGCAUCGCAGCCAUCCAAGAUUCCGGCAUUGCCAAACACGCGUCUCCCGUGCUGUGGUUUUACGCGCCAGACUUUGAUACGCAGCAAAUAGGAAGGUACAUUGAAAAGUACGCCGAGUGCGGCUUUCCAACCAUCUGGUUUGCGAGCGCCUUCAAAGGCACCACGGGCCCCGCCCAGGCCUGGACCCCCUUAAACACCCACCUGCAGAACCACCUGCGAUGGCUGAAAGUCAUGAAAGUCACGGAGAAGAUGCCCUCCAUCCGUUUCCAGGGCAUCGUACUCACCGGCUGGCAAAGGUACGACCACUACUCUGCUUUGUGUGAGCUGCUACCUGUCGGGAUCCCCUCGCUGGCCGUGUGCUUGCAGACCCUGGUGAACGGAGGCUUCACUGAGGCUGCCAAAAAGAAAGUCCUGGCCAUGCUUGGCUUCCAGAAUCUGCACCUGGAAAAGAGCACCUGCGAAGGAACCGGGGCAUUUCCGGGCUCCGAUAUCUACCGCAUGGUCGAGCAAGUGGACGGCCAGCUGAAGGACUCGGUCACCAAAGUCUUGGAGGAGGAAAGUUCCAUCAAGGGAUGGUUCAGCCCGUAUCACCGCAAGCAUCAGUUCGGCAACCCACGAAACAUGGAAAGCUUCGGCAGCAAAGUGCUCAAAGUCCAUGAAGACUGGGAGAACACCAUCCAGACUCUGCGCUCGCACCUGGAGAGCAUCUACUUCCCGGACACCGUGGAGGAAUGGAUGGAGGAGAACGUCAACCCUCACAUGGACCGCCUGCGCGAGUUUGUCCGGGACUUCAAGGAAGUCAUCCGCCUGAAUGCCCGGCCAAAGACCCUCUAGGGAAGGGCCCCCUCCCAGGCACAGAGGGGGCCCCAUUCGUGGUUCAGUCCAACUUGGUUUUUCAAACUUGAGAGAACGUGAGGCUUCCAGGACAGGGUUGAGUGCCUCUUCUUGUGCUUGGCCACCAAUAUCUAUUUCCAGCCAGUCUUGAUGGAUUCCUCCCAGGUUGGCCCCUCCCCCCUCCCCACUGGAGAAGGUGAAUCUGUGGACCCAUUUGGAGGGGGGAGUAGACAUUCUGGUGGUGGGCUUUCUGGAUGGAAGAGUUUUUGACCCUGAUUUCCACUCCUUU